AUGAGCCGCAACUUGCGAGCUGGCGUCAUUUCUCCGCACCGCUGCAGCGUGCUCGGUCUUUCGCGUUCGGAGCUGUCUUCCGGCUUCCCCGACCCAGUUGCUUCAUCCUCAACUGCAGCAGAUCCGAUAAACGACUCCAGACGUUUCCUGCCGUGGCAGCAGGCCCUUCGGUUUAAGUACCUGCCGUCUGAUGGUUUCCUCCGCUGUUACGACGACUGUCAUGGUAACAAAUUCCACUAUUUGCAACACCAAUGUUAGUGUCACAGGCUCUUUCAAUAUUAGUACUAAUUUAUUGUUAAUACUAUAACCAUCGAGUAAACUACUGCUACCGCCACCGCUAUAAUCAUCGCCACUGUCGUUCCUACUAUUGUUGCUGUGUCCCCUAAAAUCAAUUACAUGAAUAAAGCUAAUUAAUGUGGCACUAUUUAUGCUGUAUCUCCUCAUCUCCUAGCUCACCGUCCUUGCAUAAAUCACAUAACUCAGCAAGGCAUCGAUGUCUUCAUGGUUGACAUAUAUGUCAUCGGACGUUUCUGCUGUUUAGUUUAUCUGGACGUACCUGAAUUUUUAAUUGACAGACGGCCACAGAGCGUGAGAAUGUGAAGCUACUGCGGGGGAUGGUGUCUGGAAAUAACGUUCCCUAAGUAGCACUUCAGUCUGACGUGGCCUUACAAUACCAACUCGCCGAGAGAGAGAGGGGGGAGAGAGAGCGAGGAACGCUCGAUGGUACGUGCACACUGUUGACGCAUUUUGUCAUUCUGUCCAGGCAACAACGUGAGGACAGGUGAUACAAGAGGGGGAGGGGACAGAGGUGUUUAGGCUUAAGUGAGGUUUAGUCUUCCCAACUUCCCCGAAAAGUAGCAAAAUCGGGGAGACUCGGUCGCAAAUGAUGCCUGCAGACGGCGACAAAAACGUCAGAAGGGAGAUUAGUUUACUACAAGUAGUUUCUGCACUGCGAACCCUUUCGUAUUGCACCCGAGUCCAUUUUAGGGUUAGAUGGCGAAAAAACGCCCAGCAAGCACUUGUUUUCCUUGCUUAUUAUUUAUAUAAAUAACUGAGUCAGCCAACGAGCUCCAGUUUAUUUGAGUGCACCGGUCUGUGAUACUAUUAAUCCUAGUAGUGCUGUGGGCUCGUCAACUUUAUGCAGUCCACAGAUCUCGGCGAUGAUCGCUUCAGUUUGUCUCAUUUCCUGUCGAUUGCUUCUUUCCAGAUAAGACGCUUCAAUACUUUGGGUGUACGUCGAUCCAUUGGCUUCCCGAAGCGAACAAGCUUCAUAUGCGUGAUAGGGAUCACGAACAGGCCGUCAUCUGCCAGACCGAAGUCGUCCAAGAGAUGAUAUAGCAUAUAUAUAUAUGGUUGAAGGGAGCCCAAUCUGCUGAAGUCGCGAUGGAAAAAUUAGACACUACGGCCAUAUCAACAAUUAAUCCGCUAUUAUUCAUGUUUUUCGUGGAUUCUAACUCUGUCUCAGCUAAGUAAGAGCAAAUAAGACAGCCCAUUAAUAUAUGAGAAAACGGGAGUCAAAAAACAAGUCAAGGAAUUAAGUUGACCUGAUUAUACACUCAAGCUAGAUAACAGCGAACCCAUCGGCGUACCUUUGACUUGUUCGUACACAUCUUCAUUGAAGGAAAAGAAGGUCACAGAAUUCCGAAACAAGUAUCCACUCUGUGGAGAAGUUAAUUGAAUGCUGCAAGUACUCGACUCACAGAUGACGAAAUGAUGGUCGCUUUCGACGUGAUUUCACUUUUCACCUAUAUCCCACAACAUCUCGCGGUUGAAACCCUGCAAACCUUGAUAGAAGAAUAUUUUAACGAAAUGGGCAAACAACUCAAGACACAACACUUUGUAAUCUCCUGUAGCUUGAAGACUUUCUUCCCCUUCAACGGAGCUGUGUACGAACAAGUUAAAAGCACACGCAUGGGGUCGCCGUUAUCCAUCUUGAUUGCUGAGAAAGUGUUACAGCACUGGCUUUCGACCACUAUCAGCCACAACUCUGGGUACGGUAUGCUGAUGACACAUUUGUAUUUUGAAUCGGAACAGGGUUGGAGAAUUAACGCAACAUUUGAAAUCAAUCUUUCCAGACAUCCAGUUCACGAUAGAGGAAAAAAAUGUUGCCAGUUGGCAUUUCUUGACAUACUUGUUCAGAGAAAAGGUGAUGGUGAACUAAAAACAACGGUUUACCGGAAGGCAGCGAAUACCUCACGUAUUCUAAGUUUUCUUAGCUACCACCCCUUCGCACAAACGCAGCGGCAUGAAAACACUCCAUGGGCAUGUGGAAACCCAUUGCACCGAAUCAGCCGACAAGAAGGUCGAAGUUCAGUUCUCGCGGAAACUCUUCAACAUGAACGGCAACCCUGGGAAUUUUUUAGAAAAGUGCACGCGAGAAACCCCCGGGAAGAAGACCGAUGGGGCAGCCAAAACCAAAGUGUUGGCGCACAGUGUAUCAGAAGAAUUUGCUAGACUGAUGAGCGAAUUCGGGAUUGGCGUUCCUCGCAGACCUGAAGCAAACACUCUGUCGGCAACUCAUGCAUCCUAAGGACCCAAUUCCCAUCAAUCAGAAAUCAGGGGUCAUUUACCGGAUAGACUGCAAUUGUGGUCAUGCCAAUUACGUUGGUGAAAGCGACAACCAGGCUCUUACGAGAUUGCACGAGCACGAGUUGGAUGUGAGCAGGAAGGAUAAACUCUCCCUUGUAGUGGCCCAGUCGGGCGACCGAGUUUCGCACCUGCUGCAGGAAACGUGGCACUCAACGGAGGACUCGAUUAAUCGACAUGUCGAUCUGCCAGUCGCCUGUCAAGCACUGCGUGAACAAAUCAGCAUCGCAGCUGGAGGCCACCCCUGGCAGAUGUGAACUAAAUAUGCAGUGGGUUGUAAGGAUUUUUUCAUUCCUUGACGAUGGGCUUGCGUGAGAGUUUGAAACGCCGGAUAAAUAAACAAUUAAUCCCGGCGAUCGUUUUUCCAUCUUUUUCUAUUCAAUUAUUUAGGUCGUGCGUGUUCUCUAUCAUUCAGGAUAUAUAUAUAUAUAUAUAUACAAGGAGCUGCGUUCGAACUCUGUUCCACCGGGCCUAUCGUUAUUGCAACAGCGACGAUCUUCUUAAGAAAGAGCUUGCCUACUUGUAUCGGUUGUUUCGAUCCAACGGAUAUCCGACAAGUUUCGUAAAGAACUGCCUCAGACACCAGGCAUAACCUCAGGCUCCCACCCUCAACGGGGAAGCUGUGUCUCGACAAUUCUUCUCCCUGCCUUAUAUGCAAGAAGCGUCCGAAGUAAUCGCCCGGCAGUUAAAUCGCUCUGGUAUUCGCAUCGCCCACAAACCAGCAUCCUCAAUACGCGCGGCGCUAUCUCGAAUCAAGGAUCCCCUCCCCAAAGAGCAACAAGCAAACGUAAUUUAUCGCAUCCCGUGCUCAAAUUGCUCUUGCGUGUAUGUUGGUCAUACAGGUCGAAGCCUGGGCACCCGUAUUAAUGAACACAAACUGGCUGUCCGUCGACGAGACCCUCUGUCCCUCGUCUUUGCUCACGCACUCGAGUGCGACCACCGAUUCAAUUGGGAUGGCACUGAGUUCGUUGCCAUGGCUAACACAAAACGGGCGAGAGAAUUUCUCGAGGCUUGGUACUCCGGUGCUGGUAGUAUCAACCGCCAUGUUGACUUGGACGCCCAUUAUGAGGGCCUACGCUCACGACUUACUGCCCCCCGCCCUAAUGCCACAGCAACGGCCGCCAAUUUAGCCACCCGGAGUCCAAUUGAUCCACCAUUACACCCGCCCCCUCCAGCACAGGCAUCCAUAAUUGUUCCACCUCCCCCCUCGCUCAGAGACCUACCAUGACUUUGUGAUCAUCCCUCUCAUAGGCCGAUAGUCUGUCUGCCCUGUCGCGCUAAUUAGUCCAGUGCGACAAACAAACUUUCUCCCCUGUUUUCAUUUCGUCUGACAACGGGUUGGUGUCACCAGCUUGAAAAUUCACGAGUACAACUCGAUUUUUCCGAAGAACCUCUUCCUGUUUUCAUUUUAUCGACUCGGAAUGCAUAACACCUCUGAUCUACAUAUAUAUAUACAUAUAUAAUUUGAGAUCUAAUUGAGGAAAUGACAAAUGAUUGCUAAUCAAACACCAAUACCAGUGCGCGGACCCAAAUUCUACUUUUAAAACCAUCAUUAACGGAAUUGUAAAACAUGAAAGAAAUAGCGAAGCUCAUGGUAAGUUGUUUAGAAUUAUCAUUUUUUUGAAGAGAGUAGACUUCUAACAACAUUAAAAAAAUGUUUGCAAUCGUGCAAACUUCUAUUUUUGGGUGUACGGAAAGCCUGUCCAUACUAAAGGCUAAGUGAAUAUAACAGCGAAGUCGAAAUAAUACUUGACAAAAAUCUUUUAGCAAACUUGACACCAAAUUUUCUUUAGGUAUCAGGUAUGGCAGUUUGGCAACAACCUUCAUUCUAAAUAUAUAUUCCAGGACGCUUUCCCGAGAAGUUGUUUUAUUUUUCACGCUCUCGCAUUAAUUUCCGACCAAUUUAGAUUUAUUGCUCAAUACUUCAUGAUAUGCAAUGCUUUGAAAUUGGUUGACCACAGAAGAGGCUUGCUACUAGAUGUCUAUCAAAACCUUCAAAUUAAGAUACUACUUGAAAGGCAUAUACCAUUGACGGCCAUUUAGGUAACAUCUGAAGACCCACCCAAACAUGAAGCCGCAUUGUCAAAUAAAAUAAACGACCACAAUAAAAGUCCACCACUACUAUACUUUCAAUCUCAUGAGAAAAUUUUCCUUAAUAAGUUAUUUUAAGAAGCGCUUUGACACGACAUUAUUUUAACGGAUAUUUGUGCUCCUUCUAUUUAUAUAAGGUGAAACCAAGAAAACGCUUGAUGCUUUUGGACGUUUGUUCCACGCUGCCAAAAAAUACGGAUGAUUUUUCUGGCACAAACGGAAAAACAUGCCUUUCUGUUUAUAUUGAGGCCAUUUUCGCUGUCCCCGUUCAUUGUUAGGCUCCGUACAACAACGUACUCUCUCCCGCAACAUCAAGAUUGAUGACGAAGUCGCCAACAGGAUCUCGAAAGCCAGUCAAGCCUUCGGUCGCCUCCAAAGCACAGUUUGGAAUCGUCAUGGUCUCCAACUGAGCACCAAGCUGAAGAUGUACAAGGCCGUCAUCCUGCCGACACUACUGUAUGGAGCGGAGACUUGGACGGUGUACGCAAAGCAGGCACGUCGUCUGAACCACUUCCACCUCAGUUGUCUUCGUCGCAUCCUGAGGCUGAAGUCGCAGGAUCGAAUCCCCGACACUGAUGUGCUGGAACGGACAGGAAUCCUCAGCAUCUACGCCAUACCGAGGCAAAUUCAGCUGCGCUGGAGCGGCCACCUGGUGCGCAUGGAUGACGAGCGACUACCCAAACGACUCUUCUACGGAGGCGUCGCGACGGGUUCUCGCCGUCAAGGAGGCCAGAUUCGCCGUUACAAGGAUACCCUGAAGUCCUCCCUGAAAUGCCUGCAAAUCAACCCCACCAACUGGAAGAAGCUCGCACUCGAUCGACCGGCCUGGAGGAGAACAGUGAAGACAGGCGCUGCGAUCUACGAAGCCAACCGCAUCGCUGCCGCCAAAGCGAAACGUGAAGCCCGCAAAUCACAACUUCGCCCAGUAAGCAACGCCGCCGCACAACCGCUUCCAACGUGUCCUCGAUGUCAACGGACAUUCCGGGCUCGAAUCAGACUUGUUGGACAUCUUCGGAUUAACUGCGCCUCUCGAACGGCACCAACCAUCGUCCCCCCGCCUGCCUCUUCCUCCUCCUCCUCUCCGCCGCCAGCUAACCCUGACAAUUCUCCUGACCCAUCACUUCCACCAUCCUCCUCCUCCUACUCCUCCUCCUCCUCCUCCUCGCCCACUGCUCCAACGGCGGCCGCUCAGGCGACUGUCCCGCGCACAGCAACCGACACUACCACCACCUCCCCCGACUCCAGGGAUGAGAAUCAGGACUACACCUGCCCUCACUGCGACCGUACCUUCACCUCACACAUCGGUCUGGUCGGUCAUUUGCGAAUCCAUCGCACAGAGACUGGCGAACCAGUGCGUGAAGCACCAACCUACACCCACCGCACUCGCCUCCACUGCCCACACUGCCCUCGCACCUUCAGGCAUCGCAUGGGCCUUUUCGGCCACAUGCGCAUCCACAAGAGCGGCCUUGACCGCACUCCCGACACACCCACUACAUCCAACACAUCCACCGUGCACACCCCCACUCUCGUUCCAUCCGUCCGCGACACCACACCACCGCCGCCUCCUCUGUAG